GUAUAAUAAUGGAAAAUAAAUUUUCACACAAGUUUCCUUAUUGUGGAAUCACUUGAGAUGUGUUCAUCUUGUGUUAAUGAAAUAAUACUAAAGGACUAAUUCAUAUAAUGGUUGUUACUUUGUAGCAUGUGCAGUGAAUUCCUACAGAUAUUUACUCUUUGCCAGUAUGUUUUGGGCAAUUCUCAGAAUGUUACUCUCAUUGGUGCAACACUAGAGACAUUAUUACGAUUUCUCAACUGGAUUCCACUGGGCUACAUAUUUGAGACACAGCUCAAUAGCACACUUGUUUGCAAGUUCCUGAAUGUGCCCAUGUUCAGAAAUGUGACGUUGAAGUGCUUGACUGAGAUCGCUGGCAUUGAUGCAAACCAGUAUGAUGAACAGUUUGUGGUGCUAUUUUCCUUAACAAUGGCCCAGUUAAAACAAAUGCUUCCUUUGACAAUCAACAUCAAAGAUGCUUAUGCAAAUGGGAAAGAUGAUGAGCAGAAGUUUAUUCAGAACCUGAGCUUGUUUCUUUGUACAUUCCUGAAGGAACAUGGCCAAUUGGUUGAAAAGAAGGAGGAGCUUCAUACCACUCUGUUGGAGGCUCUCCAUUACCUUGUGCUCAUCUCAGAGGUAGAAGAGACAGAGAUCUUCAAGAUCUGUUUAGAGUACUGGAAUGCACUGGCAUCAGAUUUGUACCGCGAGAACCCAUUCCCUUCAAGUGCACCACUUCUGAUUGGCACUUCACAGUCUCAGCAGAUCCCUCCCAGGAGACAAAUGUACCUCUCAGUGUUAUCCAAGGUACGAUUGACCAUGAUUGCAAGAAUGGCCAAACCGGAGGAGGUGCUGGUGGUGGAAAAUGACCAAGGUGAAGUUGUCAGGGAGUUUAUGAAGGAUACUGAUGCCAUCAACCUCUACAAGAAUAUGAGAGAAACGUUAGUGUAUCUUACCCAUUUGGAUUAUCAAGACACAGAGAGAAUCAUGACAGAAAAACUUCAGAAUCAAGUCAAUGGCACUGAAUGGUCCUGGAAGAACCUUAACACCCUUUGCUGGGCAGUUGGUUCAAUCAGUGGAGCAAUGCACGAAGAGGAUGAGAAAAGAUUCUUGGUUACAGUCAUCAAGGAUCUUCUCGGUUUAUGUGAAAUCAAACGUGGAAAGGACAACAAGGCAAUCAUUGCCUCAAACAUCAUGUACAUUGUGGGACAGUAUCCUAGAUUUUUGAGGGCACAUUGGAAGUUUUUGAAGACUGUGGUGAACAAGCUCUUUGAGUUCAUGCAUGAAACUCAUGAUGGUGUCCAAGAUAUGGCUUGUGAUACAUUCAUCAAAAUUGCCCAGAAAUGCAGAAGACAUUUUGUUCAGGUCCAAGUGGGUGAGGUUAUGCCAUUUAUAGAGGAAAUAUUGAACAGUACACAAUCUAUUAUUUGUGAUCUUCAACCUCAGCAGGUUCACACUUUUUAUGAGGCAGUUGGAUACAUGAUCAGUGCACAAACUGAUUCAGUUGUCAUGGAGAGACUGAUUGAGAAGUACAUGUCACUUCCAAACCAAGCGUGGGACAACAUUGUCAAAGAAGCAACAAGGAAUAUUGAUCACUUAAGAGACAUUGAAGUUGUCAAACAGCUUGGAAACAUACUGAAAACAAAUGUCCAAGGCUGCAAAUCUAUUGGACACCCAUUUGUUACUCAGCUUGGCAGAAUAUAUCUGGACAUGCUCAAUGUAUACCGCUGUCUCAGUGAAAACAUUUCUGUGGCAAUAGCUGAAAAUGGCGAGAUUGUCACAAAACAGCCACUUAUCAGGGCAAUGAGAACAGUGAAAACAGAAACACUAAGAUUGAUAUCAACAUGGGUUAGCAAGUCAAAUGAUGCAAAACUUGUCUGUGAUAACUUCAUUCCUCCAUUACUGGAUGCAGUGCUUGGUGACUACCAAAGAAAUGUACCAAACGCUCGAGAGCCUGAAGUCCUUAGUACCAUGGCAACUUUUGUCAACAAGUUAGAGAGAAAUGUGACAGAACAUAUUCCAAAGAUAUUCGAUGCAGUGUUUGAGUGCACCCUAGAAAUGAUCAACAAGAACUUUGAAGAGUUCCCUGAACACAGAACAAACUUCUUUCUCCUUCUCCAAGCUGUGGUUCAGCACUGUUUUCAAGCUCUGUUAUCAAUACCUCCUCAGCAGUUUAAGCUGGUGUUGGAUUCUAUUGUUUGGGCGUUCAAACACACCAUGAGAAAUGUUGCUGAUAUUGGACUGCAUAUUUUGUACUCUUUGUUGAAGAGCUUGGAGCAAGAAACAGCGGCACAAAGCUUCUACCAGACGUACUACAUGAUGAUUGUACAGCAUGUGUUAUCAGUUGUAACAGACACAUCUCACACUGCAGGUUUAACAAUGCACGCGACUAUCUUAGCACACUUGUUCAGUUUGGUGGAGACAGGCAAGGUAUCAGAACCUCUGUUUUCGUCAUCAGAAGGCACACAGUACCCAUCGAACCAGGCUUACGUCCAAGCAUGCAUUGCCAAUCUUCUGAAGCAAGCGUUUCCACAUUUGCAAGAUGCGCAGAUCAAGUUGACUGUUCAAGGACUGUUUGAUCUCAACCAAAACAUUCCAGCCUUCAAAGAACAUUUACGAGACUUCAUGGUUCAAAUUAAGGAAUUCCGAUCUGAAGAUGUCAGUGAUUUGUAUCUGGAAGAACGAGAACAACAGUUGACCGCUGCGCAGGAGGAAAAAAGAAAAGUUCAACUGUCUGUGCCAGGAAUGGUUAACCCCCAUGACAUGCCAGAAGAAAUGCAAGAUUAAUAUUUAUUAUUAGUUUUUAGUUAAUAUUCUUUAAUCAUUAGUUAGAUUUUGUUGACAAGUAUGAUAUCUACCAUCUACAUGUAUUUUUGUACUUUUUUUUUGUUUGUAAUGUUUUCAUAGGGAGCAGAGAAUUCAGAACGAGUUUAACUACUUUAGAGUGCUUUUUAAUUGUUAGAAAAGUGACAGUGAAGUCAGUAACAUUGGAUUGUUAUAAUAAUUGUGGUACAGUGUUACCAUGUUACCAAUGUUACCAACUGUUAGCAAACGAAAGUUGUAUUAUUUCUUGUUGGAAAUGUUUUGCCAUUGGCGCUAAGAAGCCUAGGGCUGCAUGCAUCGUCUUGUACAAAUCUGAUGGAACCAUUAGUUUUAAAAUCCAUAAGUGUUCUCUAAACUACAAGCAAAUUCACAUGGUCAUUCCUGGGAGCUUAAGCAAUGAUGACAGGGACGCCAAGGACAACGCGUUGUCAAAAAUGAAUUGAUAUUUUAUCAGCAGAAUCUGCUAUUGUCCAGAUCUGUUCAGUACGCCAAUGGCUCUAAAACAUGCUCAGGCUAAAUAUGUAAUGACAGUGUUCAAUUCCAAAAGGAAAGAUGAAAAAUUAGCUGCCAUCGUUCACUACUAUGCAGAACGUGGUCAUUUCACAAUGUUGUUUGCAGAGGACAGCAAGGAAAUGUAACGCACGUGCACAGCAUUUGUUUUGCUUAUUAAGUCUUUUGUUGGUGACAUUCUUAUUGCCAUUGUCGUUGUGGUUUGCUUAAGCUCCCUAUUGUUGAGCAAGAAGUGAGGAACAUGGGAGGAAACUUGGCAAUGUGCUUUUUCUUCUCAUGUUAUUUCGUUUCUCACAGAUUGAUCCUUGGAUAGCGGAAGAACCUACUUGUAGUAUCAUUGCCUACAUUUUCUACUUUGACUUUGUAUUAUUUUCGUACAAGUUAUUUCCAUUCAUUUAUUCAUUCAUUCCAUCAUCAAAUAUAAAGUGUUCUAUUGAAGAGUGUGGAAUAUAAAUAAAGAUAAGUAAUGUAUUUUAUAUUAUUUUAUAUUGAAAUGUAGAAGUUAUGAACAGUAAGUAAAUUAAUUGCUGUACAUUUCUAUAUUAUUUGGUGGAAGACAGGCUAAUUUCAAGCCUGAGAGAAAGAGAAAGCCCAAAACAUAGUUUUGUUAGUUCUUUAGGUUUGAAUUGUCUGUUGUUAAGUUUAACCCAUGAACAUUUUGACAUCAGUUUUCAACACAGAGUUGUUGAUUCCAAGAAACAGUCGUACGUGAAACAUGUUUUCAUACAUCUCAAUGCCUUAGGUUAAGUAUGGUAUGUCUGCCAUUGUUUAUGUUCAAACAGAUUUAUUUAGUGGUAAUUGCUUUUCAUAUCAGAAGUGGUUACCUUGGAGAUGUGUUUUUCCUCAGUUUGUUGUCUCCAGGAACAGUUAUAAUUAUUCAUUUCUCUGCCCCUUAACAGUAGCCCAAUUACUCAAAGAAAAAGAAAGUAUUCUGGUUAUUAUAGUGAAAAGUGACCUUUUGGAAGAUAAUACUGUAAUCUGUGCUUUUGGAUAUUUAUUAGAAAAAAAAACUAUUAAUGUCUCGAUGCCAGUUUAAGUUUCCUUAUGGAUUGGUCAAGAGCUUCAAUAUUUGGUAAGAGCAUGGCAGUAUUAGCUUGCUGAUGAUCUACGCUUGCUACACAGCUGUCAGCUGGCCACCUUUAAUCUGCUAUCCAACAUAUUGCUAACAUACUAAGAUACAUGACCUUCAGCAAAGUGUUCAGAUAGUUAACUGAAGGCAAAAAGUGCUCUGCAUCUUUCAUUGAAUUGUUAAUUAGAGUUCUCUGUAAACCUAAGUAUAUCAUUUGAAAAUUGAUUUAUAAUGUAGUUUUUCUUCUAAACUCUUUUUGUAUUGACUUAUUUCAUGCUAUGCCAGCAUCUGAUCUUGUAGGAAUAUCACAAUCAUGUUGACAAUAAAGAAAAGUUUAAAACAACA